UAUUUAGCACACAAUCUAUUUGUAGUACAAUUUCAGAAUAGUUAGGCCUUUUACUGGCACCGACGCUUUCGCAUCAGUUAAUCUUUAUUGUAAAAUCUAUGGCCAGUUGUUGGGAUAGUUUAUUCGCCGUGAACAUUUAAAAAGACUAUGGAGGUAGCAGCCAUACUCCUAACGUGUACCUUUGUGUUACUAACGAUCACAAAUAUCGUCAGAGUUAAAUAUGUGAUUAGAAGCAAAUGGUCGAUGCCCGUAAUCGUUUUACUCACACCCGUCGCCGUUUUUGCGUCAAUACUUCUUCUGCCACUUCUUUCGGUUUUCUGGGUUUACCGUGAACUGAUACGACUAUAUUUAAUAAUGAAGCAGCGCUCUAAGUUUAUCGGAUUGAUAAAAGGCGCCGAUGUCAUCUACACUUGCGGACCUCACGAGAAGAGCGUGAUGACGAUACUGUUCAUGUUAGAAUGCUCGACCGCGAGGAAGCCGGAGGAUGUCUAUCAGGAUUUCAAAGGAGCGGUAUUUAAGGCGUUGUUUUCGGAUCCUCGCAAGCUUCCAGAGUUUCGUUCCGUAGUGAAACGAUGCGGUGGAUACUCGUACUUGUGUAACGGAAACGUAACUGUGGACGAAUGCGUGAAAAAAAUGAAAGUUGUUAAAUGUGAAAGAAAGGAGCUCAAUGAAGACGAAUUGAGGGUACUACUUCAGAAUUGUGUCGCGGAAGAGUUUCCCAGAAAUAACACCUUGUUUAUGGAUAGCUUUGUCGGCACGCAACCGGUUGAAUGGAGUGGGUACACGAAGACGAAUGUUAGUUACUAUCCAGCGUUAGUACGAAUUCAUCAUGCCAUUUGUGACGGAUUUGCCGUGACACAAAUGUUUGCAGCCAUGAGUGACAAACCAAAAAACGCCGACGAGAGUCGCAAAACACUGUACAAUGAGAAUCUGAAGCAAGGUUCCAGAAUGAAAUCGAUAGCCUAUUACUUUCUUCUGUUCUGGACCACAAUCAUCUUCAAUUCAUCAGAGGUAUUGCUAAAGUUUCUAUUAGAUAAACCAAAACCAAACAUUUUACGUGGUGGCCGAUUAACCGGAAUUGAAAUGUUAUCCAUGAAAACCGACGCCGGAGCGUACUACAAGCGUAUCAAGGCAAUAAAAAAUAGCCUGGAUGAGGUUGGUUUUGCCGACGUUGUACUCACAGCAUUUUCGGCAAGUUUGAAAGAUCACUUUCGGAAGCAAUCUUCACAUCACCCCGAAAGUAUUUCGAUCGUGGUACCUUUUCUACCGAAAGCGACCACUAUUCCGCUAUUACCCAUUGGUGAACUAAUGCCGCAUGACAUUUCAUUGCAAAAUAGUUUCGCAAUGUUAACAUUUGAUCUGCCUCUGUUUAUUGAUGACGAUAACGCUUCAUUGUCUUUCCGUUUGCGAGCAGUACAAAGAGAAAGAAAAAGGGCAUACAAUUCGAUCGGCAAUAAGAUCCUUUACUUCACAUCGCACUUCUUAAUGCAAGUCCUUCCGUUGCCGAUCUUGACGAUGGUGCACGAUAAGUUGCACUGGUCCGCUGUGCUAAGUAUUUUACCUGGACCGCCAAAGGCAUCCGUAGCUAAUGGUAGCGCCGAAAUUGAAAACAUAGUAUUUUGGCCACCUCUAUUGACGGGAAUAGGGGUUAGCGUUUCUAUACUGUCGUACGCCAACAAGAUGCAAUUAGGUUUGAAGUUUGAUAAAGCGCUCAUGGGCAAUGAAGAGGACGCCCUAGAUAUUUUGGAUGGUGUCUUUAAGUACAUAGAUUUGUUCACUGAGGAAAUUAAUUUGUACAAAAUCAAUUAGUUUUAAAUUGUAAAAUCAAUCAAACGACUUUGAUCCAUAUUUUUAGUGCAUUUUUUAUGAAUUAAAAAAAAAUUUGCUAUU